AUGCGCCCCUGUACCGCCUCCUCAUGCUGCUGCCAGGUCCAGAGUGUGUCAUGGGCCCCCGUACCGACUCCUCAUGCUGCUGCCAGGCCCAGUAAUCUGUCAUGGGCCCCUGUACCGCCUCCCCAUGCUGCUGCCAGGUCCCAGAGUGUGUCAUGGGUCCCUGUACGGCCCUCCCAUUGCUGCUGUCAGGCCCGCCCAAAUCUGUCAUGGGCCCCUGUACCGCCUCCUCAUGCUGCUGCCCAGGUGUCCAGAGUGUGUCAUGGGUCCCUGUACGGCCUCCCAUUGCUUCUGUCUCUAUCGCCACACUGUGGCUCCACACUCUGGUGGUUUUGGCCCCGUGCAACUGCCCAAAUGAGUGAAGUGUGCGGUGAUUCUAAGAUCGACGGCAACUCAUCUGCAUGUCAUACUGACUGACAGUAUUAUUUCUCUUCCCCAGCAGACUCCAAGGGCAUUUAAAAUUAAAGGUACAGUGUUCUGCACUAAUAUUA